UCUUGCUCUUCCGUUCGGCGCACUUUACCACCACUGUUACAGUCACAAGAGUCAGGACAAGGAUGUCAGAACCUACGGUCUGGACGAAACUAUGUUCCCAAGUUAUCCGUCGCGUGCCUGCAAAAAUGACCUCUUGUCGUGCAGAAUGGGUGCGAUGAUGGGCGGAGGUGUCGGUCUUACCAUUGGGUUCCUGUUCGGCGGUUGGAGCAUUUUGCAACAUGGCGCUGGACCCCGUGGCGUUCUUUCCACACUUUCCAAAACGAUGCUGAGCAGCGCAGCAACAUUUUCCUUCUUCCUCGCUAUUGGAUCCGUCAUCCGGAGCGAUUCCGAACUCGCGAACGAGGCGCAGUUGCGAAUGCUCGUUCCCACACCAGCAAUCCGAGCAAGGUCAGAGGGAUUCCAGCUGAUGCGGGCGCGGUGGGAGGCUGAGCGACGGCGCGAAUCGCCAUCUCGCUUUUGAUUGAUACCUGCAAUGGUUGCCUUGCUUGUCAAGGCUUCUCCACCCUCAUAAUUGGCUCGAUUUCGUCGGACCCGGCUUCCCCCGCUGUUCCGUUCCUCUCCGUGUUUUUCCUGUCGGUCUCGAGUUCGACCCGUCGUAGUUGCCCGUAUCAAAGAAAAAAUUAGAAUUAAUUUUGAUAUCAAAUAGCAAGGCAGAAUGUCGGCGGAGCCGACGCUUUCUAGUUGAUACUGAUAUGCUAAAUUGACCACCGCUCUCUGUGCCUACCUUUCUCUGCAAAUCAAUUUCACUAAUAUGUUCUUUGUGAUUGCCUAAAUACUAUAAGUCAAAAUAAAAUGCUGUAUGUAAACAACUUGGAGUUCUCCCAAGUGCUCUGGGCUGUACAAUGUGUACACUAGGCGAAUUAGUACAGUACAAUUCAUAUUAGGGCGGGUGCAUCAUCCGGGUGUCUGCAUCCCUGGCUGGUACACUGCAGAGCGCAGAUGGGAGGGAAGAACAGGAGUCGCUUGAGUUCCAGCAGCUCCGGCAUACGCGAAUUGCCCUUGUCCAUGGUUGGCGUACACACUUUUGCCAAGCACCGUAUUGGCGACGGCCUUUCCUGCAGGUGCCGGAGUGCCCGUCGGAGUGCCAGUCAUCAUCGUAGCGCCUCCAAAGAACGAGCUGUACGACGCCGUCUGCUGCGGCUGAGCCGGGACAUAAUUGCCGUACCAUCCAGAGCCAGCGGGGUACCCAUAUGGGACCGUCGUGGCCUGGGAAGGGUAAUAGUGCUGGCCCUGGACGGGUGUACGCACACCAUUUGGCGUCGCCGCAUACGCCGCCGGGGUGUAUGCUGUGCCGUUGUACCGAUACGGUGCCGCCCCAGCCUGCGUAGGAUAGUAUCCGCUGUAUUGUGGCACAGCUGCAGGCGCAGGCGCAACGGCCGGCACACCGGGUCGGACUUUGACUGUGGAAUCAUCGUGCAGAGCCGCUGGGAUCGGCCCUGGUGUUCGAUCGGGCAGUGUGCCUCGCCAUCCAUGCGAUUCUAUUCGGGGAAGGGUUUGCAUCAGUCGAUGAAGCGUCUUGGGUGGUGGGAUGAUAUCAGAUUCGGAUUGGGAUUCGGAUGAACUUCGGGGUCGCAGUGAAGUAAGCAGUGUAAGAGACUCGAGGAUUUGCGUGGCUGAGGGUAACUUUGUUAUUCAGCUAGUCAAUGAAUGGAAAGAAAGCACUUUCCAAGCUCCAGCUCCUCGUCGCCUUCAGACAACGAUUCCGCAGUCCGUCCUUCCCGCAAGCGAUCGACUUGAAGUUGUCCCAAUCGCUGUAACGCCCGACGGUUACGAACGAGCAGCUCUUGAACCUGGUUCUCAAGUUCCAGGUCAGAAAGCAAGGACUUCAAUGACGCGAUCUGGUCCGACGAGAGAAUAUCCUCCAUUUCGUCCACUGGAUUCGAGGCUGUCGGCUGCUCCUCUUUCUGUUCCUCCACGGUGGCCAUGUCAUCAUCCUCGGCUUCUUCUUCUGGCGUCGUCCUAUUCCCCACCCCUUCUUUCUCCGUCGUUUCAACAAGAUUCGGCUGCGUAGUUCCAGCCAUCCGCUGCCGAGCAAGCAGCUUCUCACGGUAUCGUUGCGCGCGCUGCGCAUACACCUCGGCGGUCUGCCUCAUCCCAAUCUCCCGCCCCUCCUGCACCCACACAGGAGCGAAACUGCCGUAAGGCCCGUAGUCAAGGAAUGCCCCGCUCGUGGCGACUUUGAUGCCCGGCUUUCGCACGCGGGAGGGGACGUUGUUGCGGAUAUUGACAUAGGCGCCAAGUUUGGCGACAGGAGUGGUGGUGUCCACUGGGGCGGGAAAAAGCGCUACAAGCUCCGCGUGUCCCGUUGCCAGGUCCCGUGGGUCCACACCGUCAUUCGCCAGCGAGGACCAGUAGUCGCCGCCAGGCAGAUGCUGUAACAAUGCAUAUUGUUUACUGGUCGUCCCGACGGGUUUGGCACUCGACUCUCCAGGCUGUUCCUCGGGGAGAAGGGAUUGCUCCUCGAGGGAGACAGGUAUAAACGAUGCUUGGUCGAGAAGAGAGAAUGCGAGGUCGCAAAACCGUUGCUGCUGAGCGGCGGUGGGCGGCGGGGGGACUCGAGGUUGUAUGGAUAUGGGAAGAAGGUUUUGGACGGCAGUCUUCAAUGUGGCGAGGCUGUAGUCCUGGGAGUUCGACAGGAGUGUCCGAAGGGAGUAGGUGUUGGAGCUCGUGGAAGAUGGACUGGUGGAAUCGAGAGGAUAGACACGAUCAAGGAGCCCUUGCGAGUCGAUGCUAGGACCUCAUCAACAAACAGCCAUUUGGGGAUGAUACCCGGCUCAGAAGGACAUACUGCUGGAGAACAUCCAAUAUUUUGCCCGCCUCCUCUGAGCUGAUGGGUUGUUUCGCGGCAUACGCAGGAAUAUCGGUUCGCUGGUGUUUAUUUGCUGGCUCGUCCGCCCCAUCAGAUAUGCGCUUCCGCUUUUUCAAAUCCACCUGCUGCUUGUCCGAGGAUCGAGUGCUUCUAGUCAUGGUCACCGCGUUCGUGGUGGCGCACGGGACGCGACGAUUGACGCGACUACGUUGAGGCGCUUUUUGGGAAAGUGGGUGUUGAUGUGUUUGCUCCGACUCGGUUGUUUGGCUGAUCCCAUCAAGCUACAGCCCGCCGUCGUAAAGUGGUUUCCGCCUUCAUGGCCACUGCUCAACGGUCGAUCUCACCAUCUGCUCAAGUAACGACGCCAGCGUCCAUACAAUCGACAUCGACCCCGGGCUUUAUUCCAGCUGAGACCCCGCGAGCGAAGGGCAAACGCAAAGCAGAUGAAGUGGACACCACGCCUCCGGAAGCGAAGAAAGAGCGUGAACAACGAGCAACUUUCGCUGUUGGACCUCGUCCCGUUCGUCCAUCGAACGCGACAACGACAACAUCUGGCCACGCUCCAUCUUCCUACCACCGUCAAAAACGGGCGCGUCUUUCCGCGUCCUCAGAAUCUCCGUCACUCUCCCGAUCUUUAGCCUACCAGGAAACAGACCAGCACGGCAGCUGGCCUAGUCGACGAUCCACAGGCGCUGCGCGACCUCUUUCUCGAUCCCAGUCGGUUCAAUCCCAUGCGCAGACUGCCGGCGGCGCGUCUUCGCAUAGGGCGCCGUCCCGACGCAGCUUAUCUCAGGCUUCCAUACCAUUAUCUGCACUCAUUUCUCCGCACGCGCCAUCCGUGGCUAGAUCUGGCGGAGCGUACCACAUGCGGGAUCCCCACAAGCCUCCGCGAAUCCAGCCGACGGCGUGGGCCCUUUCUUGGGGUGAGAUAAACUGGCGUGCGGAAAAAGCGGACCGCUGGCGUCAUUGGACGGAAGCUGGAGGUAGCCCGUUGCAUGCUUGGCUCUUCUUUAUCGGCUUUGUUAUCUUCCCGACAUGGUGGGUUGCCGCUUUCAUUCCGGUGGUUCGGACGCGUCGCAUUGGAGAAGGGGGGAAGGAUGUCAUUCUUGACGAUCCUCAACUUGAGUUUGACGCAAGAACGUGGCGGAAGAGAUCUCGCAUCAUGGCAGUGGUCUCCUUCGUGACAUACAUUCCGUUCAUUAUUCUUGUUGCUAUUUUCGCCUAGCACUUCUUGUCUGUGGGUGGGACUACGUCAGGUAGGCCCACCGGACUCACAUUCCUUACCAGUUACGGCCACUAAUCUAUUUCUACACUUACUGACACCAAUGCAUUCUAUACCACCCAUUUACGCGUCGACCCUAUAGAUGUGUGAUCCUGUACAUCUCACACAAUGCAGAGGUUAUGUGCGCAUGGACUGGGAAACAAAAACACGUCUAGAAACAUAUGUACA